AUGGUACGUGAAACAAGGAGUAAUUCUAAAAUUCAAGAGCGUGAGCAGAAGUCUCGAGUUGAUUGGAAGCGGACGAAAAGGAGCAGUAUCUCACAGUUACUGGAUAGUGAUGAAGACCUUGAGAGUGAAGACUGUGAGAGUGAGGAAGAGAGCGAUAGUGAUGAAAGUUUUGACAGUGAUGAAGAGCUUGCUAGUAACAAAGGGCUUGGAAGUAAUAAAAAGCCCCAAGAUGAAAGUGAGGUUAAAGUUGAAAGUGAAGGAAACAACUGCGAGCAUCUCAUUGACACUGGCAGCAGUUCAACAAACGAACGAGAAAAGAACGAAAGCAAUCAGAGUAAUAUUGAUUCAACAGACGGGGAAAAGCAUCCAAGUCAAGAGGAUGCUGAUCUCAACAAGCACACUGAACGAAUAAUAGCGGAGGAUUUAGAAGAAGAAAACGUAAAGCGAGGGAGGAGAAAAAGAAAGUCCUCGGUGAUGAGUGACAGCGAUGAGAGAGGCGACAGUGACGACAGUGACGUCGCAGUGAGGAAAGGAGGUGUUAAACGUCUGCGUCGAGUGGUUGAAGAUGAAUGUUCUCCAGCGGAGCUGGAGCAGAAUCAACCCGAGAAAACGGCAGCUGCAAGAAAGCGAGAACAACUCCGGAAGCUGAAAGAGCUUUCAAAACAAAGAUCUCGUCAGAGACGUAACAGUAGUAGAGAUUUUGAGGACUCUGAAAAGGAAUCUUGCCCAAGCAGUGAUGAAAAUGAUGAAGAUGAGGAGGAGGAAGAGGUUGAUGAAUCUGAUGAAGAUGGAGAUAAUUACAUUAUGGAUGACUUUGUAGUACCAGAUGAGGAGGGUGAUGAAGAGAAUGAAAGCCAGCGAGGAGAACAAUUGGCUACAUCACAACUGAAAUCUAAUUCACUUUAUUCUUUUAGUGACCACUACACUCACUUUGAAAGAGUUGUGAAGGCUUUCCUGAUCAAUGCUUUAGAUGAGUCAUUCCUGGGAACAUUAUAUGAUGGCACCAGGCAGAAAUCAUAUGCACAAGACAUGCUGACAUCUCUUCAUUAUUUGGACAACCACUUUGUUCAGCCUCGUCUGGAGAGUUUGUUCUCUAGGAGUCGUUGGAAAGAGCAGUAUAAGGAGCGGGUGGGAAGUUAUUGUGACGUGAGCAUCUAUCCGAAGAGUGCUAGAGACUGUUUCUGCCAGGCGUGCGGGUUGCAUCGCCACUGUGCAUAUUCAGUGAGCUUAUCAGGGAAGGAGUAUAACCCCAGGACUAUGAAAGCUGAUGAUUUCAUGCCAUAUGAUAAGCAGGAAUUUUUUAUUGGCAGAAUUUGUGCAAACCGAACCAGAGUUUAUCAUAAUCUGAAACAUUUUAAAUUCAAACUGUAUCAAGAAUGUUGCUCCAUGGUAAAUACAGAAGAAGUUGAGAAUGAACAAGUUAAAGAAACAGUGGAAAGAAUUUUCAAUCAGUUAAAAGAAAAUGGCUGGAUUAAGGAGAAAUAUGGUCUACUUCAAAAAUAUCUCAAUGAUGCAGAUUAUUUUCAAGAAGAGAAGUUUGCAUUGUAA